AUGCCCCGCCCCCGGGGGCUGCCGCUGGUGGGCAGCACGCUGGAGCUGCUGGCGGCGGGCGGCUACACGCGCCUGCACGAGUUCGUGCACCGGCGCCACGCGGCGCUGGGCCCCGUGUUCCAGGACGCGGUGGGCCCGGCGACCGUGGUGUUCGUGUCGGACGCCAAGGAGAUGCGGCGCGUGUUCUCGCUGGAGGGCAAGCACCCGUCCCACGUGCUGCCCGAGGCGUGGCUGCUCUACAACCGGCUGUACGGCGCCAAGCGAGGCCUCUUCUUCAUGGAGGGCGAGGAGUGGUGGCGGUUCCGCCGCGUCAUGAACCGCCUGAUGCUGCGCUCGGACGGCGGCGGCGGCGGCGGCGGCGGCGGCGGCUUCGCGGCGCCCUGCCAGCUGGUGGCGCAGGCGCUGGUGGAAGACUGGGGGCGCGCAGGCUGCGCCGAGGUGCGGGGCCUGCAGGCGCAGCUCUACCAGUGGUCGCUCAGCGUGAUCCUGGCGGUGCUGAUGGGCGAGCAGUACAGUCGCAGUCGGCUCGCCAUGGAGCCCCUCGUCACCAGGUUCGCGGCCGUCGUGCAGCGCAUAUUCCAGGAGAGCUCCAAGCUGGCGCUGCUGCCGCCCAAGAUGGCCGCCGCGCUGCGACUGCCCGUGUGGAGGCGCUUCGUCGCCGUCGUGGACGAGGCGCUGUCCUCGGCCAACGAGCUGGUGACGGGCCUCAUCCCGCGCUGCCGCGGCUCGGACGGACUGCUGGGGGCGAUGCUGUCCGAGGACAUCGAGCACCCGGACCUGGUCAGGAUAGUCGCCGACCUCAUACUGGCCGCCGGAGACACCACGGCGUACACGAUGCAGUGGAUCCUGUACCUGGUGGCGCGCCACCCGGGGCUGCAGGAGCGGCUGCACGCCGAGGCGGCCGGCGCGGCGGGCCCGCAGCAGCUGCUGCAGCUGCAGCUGCCGCGCGGGGUGAUGCGCGAGGCGCUGCGGCUGUACCCGGUGGCGCCCUUCCUGUCGCGCUACCUGCCGCACGACUGCCAGCUGGGCGGCUACCCCGUGCCCGCCGGGCAACUGGUGGUGCUGUCGCUGUACACGAGCGGGCGCGACCCCGCCUACUUCCCGGAGCCGGCCAGCUUCCUGCCGCAGCGCUGGGGCAGGGACGCCGCGGGCGGCCAUCUUGGAGUCGCCAACCCGCACGCGUCGCUGCCGUUCGCCAUGGGCGCGCGCUCCUGCAUCGGCCGCCGCCUCGCCGAGGCGCAGAUCGUGCUCGCCCUGGCCGAGAUAGUGAAGAAGUACAAGCUGAGCCUGGCGGACAGCGCCCCCGUCGACAUGGUCAUGGAGAUGGUUUCCGUUCCUUCGCGGCCGAUCAGGUUGCUGCUGACCGAGAGGUGAGGAGGUCGCCACGAUCGGCAACGUUCGGCGACGGUCGGGCGGCGUUCGGCACCGACUCGGGAUCCAGACCUGGAAGACGCCACCGCCCUCCGCUUCGUCGUGCGAAUGCCACGUGACUGGGAGAAAAAACCUAGGACUAAAUAUACCAGAGACCAAUACCGAACAGUUCUACGCCAAGAGUGUGAAAAAUAACCUAGCGGCAAGAGGUGUAAUUACAAAUAUAUUUUACAGAUAAAUUGUCAAAUUAUAUAUACUAUUAUCUUGUGUCUAAUAUUAUUAAGUUUUUUUUUUUUUUACUUUAAGAACUGGAGGGAUAUAUCUCCCAUAAAUAUGUGUAACGAUUCAAAAACGUUUUUCCAAGAGAAAAUAAACUUAGUUUUGUUUUCAUAAUGUUGGUACCACAUAUAUGAAACAGAUGCAUUGUUCAUACUGAGCAUACCGUCUGCCAUCUAUUGGACUGACAUGACAACAUUGCCAGGUUUUCGCACAGAAUUCUUGGAGCUGUCCGGUAUUAGUAUCUAGUACAUUUGCUAGGACUUAACCUCGUCGGGUGCCCACGCCGGACCGAUCUCUGUCCCCUACAGCACAUUCGCAGGACUUCGGAAGAAUGUGCAAUUCCCAGACAAUCUUUCAAUUCAAAACUGAACGUAGUGGUUGGGUGCGGUCAGCCUUAUAGGAAAUACGUUACAAGUAUUCUUCGUGUGCCUCUGUUUAAGUGGAUCAAUGACUUCCCUUUUGACUUACAGACAACUGUAUUUCGCGGGAAACCUAAUAUGCUUGUUAGAAUUCAGCACUUUGUGUUAACGUUUCACACAGUUCCCUGUGCUAUUGGCUGUGCUCAGAGAGCGCACUUGAGCGGACCCAAUGCCGUGUGUCUAUGAUUCUCGUGAAAAUUGCCACAUCAUUUUGAACGUUAUCCUUCCAGCUGUAGCAGUAAACAAAAAAAAAAGCUUCACUGUUUUAAGAAAUAUGUUUGCAUGAAACGUUUUCGCUAAAUACAGGUAAGUCUGUUCACGACUAUGGGAAAGGAUCAACCGUAACGGAAAAAGUGAUUUUAACGGCAAUAUUCCAAGCGCAUGAUAUUUUUUUUAAACCCACGACAUUUUUUAGUCAAGCACCAUAUCAUGUCAUUGUUUUUCUGUUUCAUAUUUUUUAUUUGUUUUACUUAAUUGUUUUGUCUUUUAAUAUGUGUGUAUGUUAUAAGUGAUUACGACGUGUAAAUGAACGUCAGUAGGCUAAAAAAAAAUCACUUAGUUUAAAGAAACAGUAUUUUAUUUUCUUAGACUAGUUAUAUAUAGUAAGAUUAAGAUCUAAUGACCACGGAGAUAUGUGGGAGAAGGGGGAGCAAGCCAUUUUUGUAACUGUUCAUAAAUGAAGCGAAAUAUUACUUUGUUUUUAUUGUUUUUUCUUUGUGAAAUAUUUACUUGUGCUAUCUGUAAAUGGUUAAGUAUCAUAGGUAUGGCUGAUUUAACUUUAUAUUGUUGAGGUUGAUUAUUGGCUUAAAGGUUGGAAACCUUACACAGUUACAGUUUCACUGGUCUUGCCUUAAUGAAACCUUCUUGCAUUUUUUGAUACUUAAACUAUUAUUUUAAGUUCUAAUAGUUAGUUGCUUUAGAUAGUAAAUAAAUAUUGGUAAAAGUAUUGUAGUCUGUUGGAUAUUAUUCUUUAUGUGCUGAGUGUAAGUAAGGCUUACUCUAGAUUUGUGCCAAUCAUAUUUUAGCACUUGUUUUCCUUGCGAAUGUGAAUAUUUUCAAAUCACCUAGGGUCUAUAUGUCGCAAUUAAUUUUCGGUUUUAGAAGAUUUAAGUUUCUUUGUUUUUAAUUUUUAAAUUUGUAACAUGCCUUAAAUAACUAAAUCAUCUGUUACAUCACCAAUUAAACCAAUAUUUUAUUAAUAAUGUAUUUUCGGUCAACGCCCAGGAUUUAAAAGGUUUAAGAUUUCUGCAUCAUCCUAGAUUAUAAGGAAGAAUUAUAAUUUUCACUGUCAAAGUAAUACGGCCACAAGUCACAAGUAGUAAUUUAACAGGAGAGCGUUUUAAAAGUUCAGACAGUGUUUUUCAAGGAGGGGGUGGAGGAUUCAAGCCAUGUUCCAACAUAUAGCCUUGUUACUCUGUAAGAUUUAACAUCGCAUCACUUUACACACGUUUGAUCAAGUGGACAUAAUAUUACCAAAACAGCUAUAUAUUUUUAUACUUGAUUCUAUGACAACAUCGUUAUUUGACCAUUACUUUUUCAAAACUUAGUAAUGGGCUAAUUAAGUUGAAAAUAUUGACACACGUUCCUUCCAUUUGAAGACAUUAACUCUAUUAUGCAUUUUUCGAGUGUGUCCGUAUUACUUUGACAUUGUGCUAUGCACAAUAAGCUUCUUGCGGAAGAAAAUUUUCACGACAAAAAUUACUAUCGUGACUAAGGCACGUUUGUGUGCUAAUUGAGAACUGUAAACACAUAACAGGGUGUAAUUGAUUGCCACUCUUAGAAAAUGAGGGACUACUAAUUACAAAAAUCCAAGUAACCCACUUAAAAUAACACCAAAAAGUGAUUAUAAUAAACAAAUCUUAAUCACUGGCAGAUGUGUCAGAAAUUGAUUAUCUCCAUAGAAGUGGAAGAAAAUAAUCAUAUUCAUGUGAAAUCUGAUGCCUUAAUAUAAAUAGGCUAUAAUUUUUGUACAUAGGUACUAAAAUGGCUAGAAUUGUAGGAACUACCUUGUUCCUAUUACAAGACCACAUUACAGCAAACUCAACACACAACAUUACAUGUUGUAUUACUGUGAUAUUCGCUGUUGUAGGUCUUUUCAGGCACAUAACAACUACAUAUUUUCUAAUACUUAUUAUUAUUUUUGAGAACUAAACAUAAUAUAAUUAUCAGAAAACAUAUUUAAUUUGUAACCCUAAGUCAAGUCUUAUUUCAUGAAAUAUCUUUUAUUAAUGAAAGCAAUUAUUUAAUUGUACAAUGAAAAGAUAGUCCAUGCCAAGCCUUGCCUUAUACAAAAAAUAUGCCCACUGAUUACAAAGAAUUGUCAUUACAUAAUUUACUCUGAAGUAAAUGACCACUAAAUAAUUUUCAUAAAAAUGUUUUGAUGAUUUUGAUAUGUUUUAAUUAUUUAUGUGGUAUGUUAAAGUGCUUGUUACCAAUAAUUGUGCAGAAAACUGUAACUGUUGUGUAAGUAGUUUACUCGACUACUAUUGUUUAUAAAUUUAAUCUUUAAUGUAGCUGAUAGUUGUACUUGAAUGUUUGUACAUAGGUAAUGGUAAGUUCCUUUCUAUUAAAUAUAAUUUCCAAAGUGCAAAAAUAUUAAAUAUAUAAAAAUUUUUGUAACAGUGUGAACCGAAGUUGAAACAGCUGUGAUUUCAGUAAGUCAUAUUGACUCAAGAAUGCCCCGUGCCAUGAAAUAACUGCAGAGUACAGAAGUUAUAUUUUAAAUUAUAGUACUUGCACUAAAUAUAUUUUCAUCGUUUUGUCUUAUCUGCAAAAUGUAAAUGCUUUUUUUAGAGAAAAAAUAUGAAUAUUAAUAGAUUGUUUGAAAAGUAAAUAAGCUAGGGGCAUGUAAUUUCCGCGAAAAUAUUUCGAGACUAUAUGUAGCAUCGUGUGUGUUUCGUGAUUGGUUGAGUUUCUCUCAGGUACAUGUUCUACUAUUGGCACAUGAAUCACAGCAAUUUUGUACAGAAGCAAACUUGUUCUGACUGGCGAAUUCAAAAGUGCCAAUUGCUCUUACAGACGACCGCAAAAUACAACGAAGAAACUUUUGACGCGGACAUACUUUAUUGAAAUCAUGUGACAUUUACUUUGACGUCCACAUAGCUAACGAAAUAAUAUUCUGAUGGUAAGAAUUGUAAUUUUACGUUUCAUUACUUAAGAAAUGAGGCAUUCUACAGGCGUUCUACAUGCAUCAGAUUGUUGUAUUAUGUACUACCGUCCCACCCCGACUUCGCACGGAUGCAAUAUACUAAUGUGAUAUCUGCUAAGACAUUAAAUAUAAAAUACAUUGUGUUAAGAACAAUUUUUAUUUAAUUUUUUUCCUAAUGUAAGUUAUAUGUUUAAUUGGAUAAUGAUUAAUACAAUGUCGAUCAAAAUAGCUUCGUAAGUCUCACUGCGUAAGUAAACUAGAAUUAUUCUGUUGCGAGUCAUUUUUAAAUCUGUGAUAACGUCGAAGAUAUUGAAUUAUAUUAUAUGGUAAUUUUGAUCUAAAUUAAACGCCUAAGGUAACUAACAUUUAAUUUGAUAAGUUUUAAUACUAUGUCGAUCGAAAUAGCUUCUCAAAUAACUCAUAAUUUUUACCAAUUUGGAAAGAUAAAAAUGGUUAUUGCGGGUCGUCCUUAUAAGAAGGACAUAUGCUAUCUAGGACUUUCCUGUAGGCCUUUUUAGGACCUAAAAUUAUGUAGUACGCUAGUUUGAUGGUUGAAACAUGUAUGAAUCGUUGUAAGCCAUAUAAGCGCCCUAAAAGCGUUAUUUUGAAACUUUAUUAAAAAUUUCGAGAAUUCUCUCCUAUGUUUAAAUUUAACAUGAAUUUAGUAUACACAUAAACCUUCCGAAAGAAAGUCUCUAAAUGAUAGUGAAAACUUCAUCAAAAUCCACUGUGUAGUUUAUAAUAAGACAGCGAACAAACAGACAGACGUGGAUAGUGACUUUUUUUUAAUACUAUUUAUAGUUGACGCUGAUGCCAAAUGAUAUCAUCAUUUUUCUUGUGACGUCACCACACAAAUUAUUGGAGAAAUAAUUUGCUUCUGAAUAAAUAUGUUACAAAUAUAACGAUAGAAAAAAAAAAUUUUUAAAAUAAUAUUCAUCUGAAGGUCUCCCAAUUACUUUUUAAUUUACUUAUCGUGUAACUGCUUACAUUUAAUUAAUUAGCGUGUCUUGCAUAAAAUAUUAUCUUAGAUAGUUAAACUUAUCUUUAAAAUAUUUUUCGCAAUUGUGAUAAUUAAUAUUAAGCUCGUAAUUUUAGUGAUUUAUCUUGAGAGAGUACCCUAAAAGACAAGGAAACUGAAAUAAAUACAGUGAAAUAAACUUCGUUUGAAAUGCAUCAUGUAUAAAAUAUUUUGAAAAAAUUACUAAAACAAUCUGUACCUGAAUAUAGAUGGUUUCGUCACCAUUCCAAAUUACAUUUACUGGUUUGGUUUCUCUCAGAAUGUAACAAUAAGAUAAAUUUUUAUGUAAAUAUGUCAAUACAGUAUGGAAAAGCAUAUUGCAGUUAAAUAUAUAUAUUUUUAAUAUUGUGUUUUGCUCAAGAAAUAUUUGCGCUGCACACAAUAUAUUGCAGCUGAAAUUGUAAAAAAAAAAAGGGUGUUUUUGUGUAUUUUAUUUUAAUGUAUUACUACAGUAGGUUGAAUAUAAUGGACCUCCUGUCUAAAGGAACAUUGUAUUAAAUUUUAAUUCACAAACCUUUAAAAUGUUUAUACAUAUCAUAAAAAUUCAACACGCAUUUUACAUCUAGAAGUUUGAUUAUCAGGUAUUAUUGUCAGCUACAUUUAUAUUGUUUACAAAUUACUUCAAAGCUUGCAUGCAGGUCACUUGCUACCUAAUGCAAUCAUUAAGCUCUGAAAAAAAUUGUUAAACCUUUGAUUUUUACAGAAAAUUUGCUCUAAAUAAACUUCUUCAUACGUGUCUUAUUUCUCAAUAACAUGGGGAAAAAAUAUUAAAGGUAAAUUAAUAGAUAGAAAUGUUGAAUAAAUGAAAAAUUAUAAUCAAUUUUUAAUUGUGUAUUUAUUAAUACGUAAUUACUGUUUACUAAAACUAAAAAUGUGAAAACAGAACCUUUAUUACAUUUGAAAACUCAUGUGAUUUUUUUAAAAUUGAAAUAUUUUGCAUAAAAUAUAUUUUAACACUAAAUACAAAAUCAGCUGUGUAAAUAUGGGUUAUACUAGGCUAUAUUAAUAAUAUGUUGUGAUGAGUGUGCUUGUAUACAUGUGAUUAUGUACUUUUAUUCUUAGAAACAUUCCACCCACAACAAAUAUUUUUAAUGCUAAUUAUAAAUAAUGUAGAUUUAAAACAAAAAUGAAAUAAAGAUAUAUAUUUUAAAUACACUUAGUGCUUAAACAGUCAUUAUCAGAACCUGUAAAAACCUUUUCUCACCGAUAGAAGAGAUGUGUGUGCAUUAGUUGCAUUAUUUUUUGGUGGCUACAGCUGCGCACAUACUUAAUUCUCCUAAGGUUCCCC